AUGAUAGAAAUCAAGACCGGCGAAACAGUCUACGCGAAUGUAACCAAAAAAGAACCAGUUGUAAAGUGGCCAGUUCGUGAGGGUAAAUUUUACGCUUUGUUUAUGGGUGGUCUAGCUCCUAUUUAUGAUCUCGCUUGGGAAAGAGGUUGGGAUGAGUCACUCGGUGAUCAAGUAGAUCAACAAUGGGAAAACUGGGUCGUUGUAAAUAUACCUGGAAGCGGUCGUAAAGUCGAUUUUGGAGAGGAACUAGUAUCUUACUAUCAUUUACCAGUGCCAUAUAAAAACACCACCGAUCGUAUAUCAUUUUGGAUUUGGGAACAGCCUGAAAAGUUUGAGAACCCCAAGUACGACAGAGGUAUCGAAAAUAGGAAUCGAUUCGGGGACAGGUAUAUGAUUCAAACAUUCACCAAGCAAUUUCGACUUGGCGACCCAUGGGCAGGAGAUUUUUUCGUUCUGUCUCCAUUUCCACAAUCGUAG